CUAAACCCUACUGAAGGCCAAAGAGCGAUUUGGGCACUUGCGAACCGUAGGUUGCGCACGAGCUGAUACCUGGUUGCAAUGUGGCAUCGCCGACUUCUGCGCGGCUGCAGCUCGAGCUUCCUCGAACCCUAACCCCUCGUUUCCUUCUAACCUCCGCUCUCUGCAAAUUUUCGCCAUAGCUGACGGUCUUCUCCAUCCAUGUCGUGGCUAAAAUCCGCCGUCAGAAAAUCCGUCGAGGCCAGCGGCAAGCACAAUCUCACCCGCGCUGCACGCAAUUAUGCGGAUACCGUCGUCCAUGACGUCCGUCCGGCUGUUGCUGAUAGGGUUAAGAUCCAACACGAUUCGAUGCAUUGGUUGAUUACAGAGCACAAAUGUGGAAAUCCUCGCCAAUUCAGUGUGUUUAAUGAGUUUUCAAAGCGACUUAAGGGAGAAGCGAAAAGCAAUCAAGAAUUUCAAAGAUCUAUUAAGGAUCUAAAUGAGAAAUUGGGAGUUGUUAAAGAAGAUCUGAAGAUAAGAACAAGAAAGACCACUGAAAAACUACACAAGAGAGUGGAUGAUGUUUGGAGUGAAGCUGAGGCAACAUCAAAGAAGGUGGCUGUGAAUGUGAAAGAGAAAUUGACGGCUGCGAAGGAAGAGGUCAAAGAGAGUCUUGGACUUGGAACACAGGAAACUUCAGGAUCUUCCCACAACACAACCAGUGCAGACUCUUUCAGAGAAGAAGAUGGUAACAGUGCGACAGCUAGAUUAGAGAGUUCUGAAGGUUAUGAGGCUAGCAAGUCUCAAGAACAAGCUGGAGAAUCCGACACCUUAUUUGGCAGAUUUAAAAUGAGAUUUUCUGCUGCCUCUCCUAAAUUAUCAUUAGCAUUUAAGAAAAUGCAAGAAACAAAAAUUCAUGAUUUAGCCAAGAAAGGAUAUGAUAUGAUAAGAGAUGAGCUUAGUGCUAGCUCAUCUAAAAGAAGGCGCAUGCGUUAUACAUCUACUUCUGCAUCAUCUGAUCCCAGGAGUACUCGAACUGAUAUUGUUAUUGUGCCCUCCAAACAGUCACCACUGGGCGAGAGGUGGGAAGCAUUUAAAAGGAAGGUACAAAGUCAUCCUAUUUAUAAGCGGGUGAGGGGAAUUAGUGAUCCUGUCGUGGCCAAGGGACAGGAGAUAGCUGAGGAUGUACGGGAGACAUUGGAGACAAGUGAUCAUCCUCUUGUUCAUAAAAUUAUAGAUUUGAAUGAAGCUGUUUUUGGGGAGAAUGCCACUGCUCUCUCAUUCAAGGAAAUAAGGCGUCGGGAUCCGAGUUUCUCACUGCCAGAAUUUGUACAAGAAAUCCAGGAAAUGAUUAGACCUGUUCUGACUUCAUAUUAUAAGGGUGAUAUUGAGACGUUAAAAAAGACCUGUAGUUCUGAGGUAAUAGAACGGUGCAAAGGAGAGCGUAUGGCCUAUGAAAGUCAGGGUAUUUAUUUUGAUAGUAAGAUUUUACACAUUUCUGAGGUUGAUGUUCGAGAAACAAAAAUGAUGGGAUCUACUCCUAUUAUUGUUCUUGCUUUUCAAACACAACAGAUUUAUUGUGUUCGUGAUAGACAAGGGUCGAUCACUUCCGGCGGACAGGAUACAAUCCAAACUGUAUAUUAUGGCUGGGCCAUGCAACUGGUGGACGCAGAAGAGCUCGGAGAAGGAGGAUACUAUCCUGUGUGGAGGCUACGAGAAAUGCAACAAUUGGGCGUUCAGGCCCUCAUCUAGGACUAAUAUCAUUUAAAUAUUUCCCAUAUAGCAAGUAAUUACCUUUUUUUUAAUUUUUUUAAUUUUUUUUUAUUGUAUUAGGAUGAUUUUGGUGCAUCCCUUGAGUAAAUUUGAUAAGCUUUUUAGCAUACCUUUUUCAAUAUGAAUUAAGUUUCUUGUUCUUCUUCAUUGAA